AUGUCUAUAAUCACAAUUGGAUUCUUGAUAUUUGUAACCUCUGGAUACAUUUUGACAUCAAUAUUUUCAAACAUGAAAAUAAAAGAAAUUUUAGGAGGACUAAUUUUGACAUUUUACUGGUGUGGUGCAUACUUGUACAACAUUAUAUCAGCAUCUAUAGUUUUCUCAUUCAAAAGUAGAUUUGAAAUAAUUAAUAAAAUUAUUCCACAAAAUAUGGAAAAAUUUGCAAUCAUGGAAAUGUCGUUGCUUCAUGUAAAAAUGACUGAACAACUGAAACAGCAAAGCAUCAUAUUUUCACUACAAAUGGCAUCAAUUAUUGCAAUUGUAAUUGCCAAUACAACAUUUAGCUUUUUUGAAUUGUACAUAUUGAUUAAGGAUAAUCUUAAAGCAGGAAAAUAUUUUUUUAGCAUAGCUUAUAAUGCUGCUAAUUUGUACUACACUUUUGGAAUAUUUUUCAUUGUGACUAUUUGUAAACUUACAACAAGUGAAGGAGAAUUGACAUCACAAGCUUUACAUGAUGGAAUCAUCAAAAUUGCAUCAAAAAAUGACAAAAUUGUUAUGAAAAGAUCUCAAUUGUUUUUAUAUCAGCUUCAACAUUUCAAUGCCGACAUUUCAAGUGGAUUAUUUACUUUUGAUUGGAAAGUCAUGAUGAUGGCAAAAAAGUUCAACUUUAUCCGAGAUUACAUUCGAGCUAGAAAACUGUCACUAAUUUUAAUGGCAGCAGCAAUCACUGGAUUUAUCAUAUUUGUAACAUGCAUGUUUUUAAUUGGCGCAAAACUUACAAAUAUGGAAACCGAAGAGUUCAUCAGCGGACUCGUCGUUAACUUCAAUUGGUGUGUUUUUACAAUCACGGCACGAUAUGGAGUAAUUAAUAAGAUUUUGCAGCAAAACUUAGAAAAAUCGGUUAUAAUUAAAAUGUCAGAACUGCACAUGAAAUUAUGUCAAUUGAUGUCAAACAAUAGUAAAAUGUUUUCAUUCCAAAUGGUCUUGCUUACUGGAAUUUGCAUCUGGAACACAACAUUUAGUCUUUUUGAACUUUAUAUGGCUGCAAAAGAGCACAACAGCAUAGAUAAAGUUUUUUAUAGCAUAGCCGUAACAAUUGCAACAGUUUAUUUCACAUGUGGAAUAUUCUUCAUUAUUACAAUAAGUAGCUUGACUAUGAAUGAAGGAGAACAGACAUUAAAGGAUAUUCAUUGUGGAAUCUACUUAACAUCUGCAAGAUAUAAUAGAAAAAUUAUGAAAAGAAUUCAAAUAUUUUUACUGCAAUUGCAACAUUUUAACGCAAAUGUUUCCUGUGGAUUGUUCAAAAUUGACUGGAAAGUAAUGAUGAUGAUAAAUUUUCCUGCUGUGUCAGUUUGUCCAAGACUAAAGCUUGAUAUGGGAGGCAUUCGUCGUCUAGGAAGUGAAGACGAGUAUGGUUUUCAUCCUUACCGUUUUGAGAAACAUUCAUUAAGUUUGUAUUAUUAUGAAAAGCUAGAGGAGGAACAGGAAUAUGCGGACGAAGAAAAAUUUGGAAAAAUUAGCUAUUUAGAAUUUCUUAAUCGAAUCGACAAUGGAAGUAUUAAACCUAAUGAACUAGGAAUUAAACUACUCAAAAUGCUUCAAGUUUAUGAUCUCGUCCUUGAUCGUGGAAUUUUCGAGAAAAUUAAUUACUCAAUUCCAACUGAUGACUUUCUAGAUGUAUUUAAUGAGUUUCACAAGGAAUUUACACCUGAUGCUUACAACGUGAUGUAUCUUUUUUCAAAUCUCUACCAAGAGUAUAUAUCCGAGAUCAUAACUCCUUGGGGACUGUGCCAUACAUAUAAUAUGGCAUUUAGUCAUGACAUGUUGAACUUUAACUCAACAUCAAAUGAUUUUCAUUACCAUCAUGCUUUUAGAAGAGAAGAUCGUGAUUAUCGCGAUAGAUACGAAGCUAAUUUAAGUUUUCCGAAAAAACUAUCAUCAUCAAGUCAUGGCUUAUGGGUUGGAUUUAACUUUUUACCAUCAACUUUUAUUGAUGAAUAUAUUCAGAAUGAUUUUGAUGGUUAUGUGGUUUUAUUUCAUGAUCCUUUCGAACUUCCAUCAUUUAAUUCGAAAAUCUUAAACUUCAAUAUUAAUUUGCGCACAAAUAUUUUCAUUAAUCCGCAACUGAACUCUAUUGAUGAAUCACUUAAUGAAUAUGAGCCUGUAGAUCGCAAUUGCUAUCUUAUAAAUGAAAAACUCCUCAAGUUCUUCAAAGUUUACACAAAAAACAACUGUGAGAAUGAAUGUAUGUCUGAUUUUAUGAUCAGUCGAUGUGGCUGUGUUGCGUUCUUUACAAUUCGAAACUCAUCGACUCGAAUUUGUUCGGCAAUUGAGCGAACUUGCUUUAAGAAUGCUGAAAAAGACUUUAAUGAACAUAAAAAGUCUUGUGAAUGUUUUGAACCUUGUGAGCUCUUGAAGUAUAACUAUGAGAUACAUACGUACGGACGAGCACAUGCCAAUGCAUAUGAAACAUUCUUAAAUGUUGGCUUUCAGCUUCAAUAUAAAAGCAAUGACAUUAAGCAAUUUGUCCGAAAAGAGCAGUUCACAGCUGUUGACUUUUUAUCAUUUGUUGGUGGAAUUUUAGGUCUAUUUGCUGGAUUUUCAGCACUGUCAUUUGUUGAGCUUAUUUAUUGGUUUAUAUUCCGAGUUUGUGUAAGAAAAUUCACUAAAGUGGAUUCAACAGUUCACCCGGUUCAGGAUAUUCAAGGAGACAAAUCAAAACUACUUGAAUUAAAACAAUUCCUAGCAUCUUAUUUUAGUGAAUCGUCGAUUCAUGGAUUUGGUUAUAUUUUUGACUCAUCUCGAAUAACUAGGGUUCUAUGGACUUUAUUCAUCCUAACGUCGAUGACUCUGUGCCUCUAUAUGAUUCAAAGUACACAAGACAGCGUUCCAAACAGUCGAGUGAUUGCAUAUGAUGACCAUUUUAAGGAAAUGGAUGAUAUUCCAUUUCCUGCAUUAACAAUUGUUCCACUUUUUACUUUUCCUCCUGAUUUUGGAUGGAAAUUGUUUUCUCUCAAUGUAAAGAAAUUGAUGAAUAAUGACACAACUAGAGAAGAGUUUAAGAGGAACAUAACAAGAUGGUUUUUAUGCGGAGACACAUUUUCUAAUUAUUACAGUGCAGUUGCAUUCAGUAUUGUUCCUUACAUUAUUCCUGUUAUUGAACAGGAAUCACAAGUUGACUGGUUUCGAGAGCAGUUCUCAACAUUUAAUCAAUAUCAACUAGAAUUUUCUGAAAUUCGAACUUUAAGAGGCAUGGGAUUUACAUUUAACAUGAUUGAUGCUGAGGAUCUGCUUAAUUUAGAUCGAAUCAGCUCAAAAUUUUAUUACAGUAGAAAUGUGACAACAAAGUCAAAAAACUUGAAAAACAUUUCUAAAGCAGUUAAAUAUCCAUUGACAUUUGGCACAUCAGAUAAGGCAGAAUUGUCAUUAAAACUCGAGCAACCAACUGGUCAUUUAUGGAAUUGUCUAAUGCAAUCUUAUGUUGUUCAUAAACCUGAUGAAUUACCAACUUUUAUGACAAGAAAAGAGUUCAUUCCUUAUGAUUUUGGAUCGACAGUUGAUAUUAUAGUUAGUCCAGAGAUUAUUAGAACAGAUGAAUAUCUUAGGAAGUUAAAACCUUCAGAACGAGACUGCUAUUUUGAGCAUGAAAGGCCGUUGAAAUACUUUAAAAAAUAUACAAAAAAGAACUGCGAAAUCGAAUGUCAAACAAAUAUUACAAAAGAAAUUUGUGGAUGUGUCGAUAUAGAACAUCCAUUUGAACAUCACAACGAACUGUGUCUGAAUAUUUCAAGAAUGCUUGAAAGCUGUGUUGGGACUCUUUAUAAAUAUUUAUACACAUCUUUUAAUUACUCACCUGAACAAAAUUGCUCAUGCCUGCCACUUUGCAACACAAUAAGCUACAAUAUGAAAUAUUAUACAAAACGUGAGUCGAAAGGAAAUCAGACGAUAAUAAACAUGAGGAUGAGCAUGGACGACAUCAUUUUGUACCGAAGAUAUCAGCAAUUUACAUCUUCAGAUGUUGUUUCUUAUGUCGGCGGACUUUUGGGACUUUUUGCUGGCAUUUCAAUGCUUUCGAUUGUUGAAUUUCUUUACUUUUUCACAAUUCGAUUGGCAGUCAAUUUCUGGAGGAUUUUUAAGAAACAGUAAUUUAGGACUUUUACUUAUUUGUGUUGAUUUCUUGAUUAAUUCGUAUUGUCACUUCAAAACAUGGCUUGAUAACUUUAAAGUCUUGGGGUUUAACACAGUUUGACAUGUAAAUAUAAAAUCGCGUGUCUUUUGCUUUGCAUGUUCAUUAGCAUGUUUGCAUUUAAUCAAGGUCAUAGUUUAUAUGGUGCAAUUUAAAAUGGUUUUAAUUUGCAUAUAACAAGAAUCAAUUUAAAACAUAAUAAAUUAAAUUUGUGAGUCACAAUAUCGGCCGAGUUUUUUUUUGACAGGUUGUUGCCUUUGACAGGCAAUAAAUAAUGCUUUUCUCAGGCAAAGCCUGUUAACAGUCAAGGAACAGGUGAUUCCCUGUGACAAAUUGCAACUCUGGUAUUACUACUGUAAGCAGCUUUUGUCGUAAAAGUCAAAUUAUUAAUAAUUUUUUUUAAAAAAUUCCUUUGCGCACGUGGGGCCAUUACCGCGUUCAGAUAUCGUCUAAAGACAGCUCUAUCCUUCAAGAUUUUAAGGACCCUAGCGUGUUUAUCAGCACAUCCAAUCCAAGUAUUCUUUGGUCUUCCUCUAGAUAUCUUGCCUGCUGUAAAGUUU